AUGCUGCCGGUGUGUCUGCUGCCGGUGUGUCUGCUGCCGGUGUGUCUGCUGCCGGUGUGUCUGCUGCCGGUGUGUCUGCUGCCGGUGUGUCUGCUGUCGGUGUGUCUGCUGUCGGUGUGUCUGCUGUCGGUGUGUCUGCUGCCGGUGUGUCUGCUGUCGGUGUGUCUGCUGCCCGUGUGUCUGCUGCCUGCUGCCGGUGUGUCUGCUGUCGGUGUGUCUUCUGCCCGUGUGUCUGCUGCCCGUGUGUCUGCUGCCCGUGUGUCUGCUGCCCGUGUGUCUGCUGCCCGUGUGUCUGCUGCCCGUGUGUCUGCUGCCCGUGUGUCUGCUGUCGGUGUGUCUGCUGCCUGCUGUCGGUGUGUCUGCUGCCUGCUGUCGGUGUGUCUGCUGUCGGUGUGUCUGCUGUCGGUGUGCCUGCUGCCGGUGUGUCUGCUGCCUGUGUGUCUGCUGCCGGUGUGUCUGCUGCCGGUGUGUCUGCUGCCGGUGUGUCUGCUGCCGGUGUGUCUGCUGCCUGUGUGUCUGCUGCCUGUGUGUCUGCUGCCUGUGUGUCUGCUGCCGGUGUGUCUGCUGCCGGUGUGUCUGCUGCCGGUGUGUCUGCUGCCGGUGUGCCUGCUGCCGGUGUGUCUGCUGCCGGUGUGUCUGCUGCCGGUGUGUCUGCUGCCGGUGUGUCUGCUGCCGGUGUGUCUGCUGCCGGUGUGUCUGCUGCCGGUGUGUCUGCUGCCCGUGUGUCUGCUGCCCGUGUGUCUGCUGCCCGUGUGUCUGCUGUCGGUGUGUCUGCUGCCUGCUGUCGGUGUGUCUGCUGUCGUGUGUCUGCGGUCGGCUGUCGGUGUGUCUGCGGUCGGCUGUCGGUGUGUCUGCUGCCUGCUGUCGGUGUGUUUGCUGUCGGUGUGUUUGCUGCCGGUGUGUCUGCUGCCGGUGUGUCUGCUGCCGGUGUGUCUGCUGCCUGUGUGUCUGCUGCCUGUGUGUCUGCUGCCGGUGUGUCUGCUGCCGGUGUGUCUGCUGCCGGUGUGUCUGCUGCCGGUGUGUCUGCUGCCGGUGUGUCUGCUGCCGGUGUGUCUGCUGCCGGUGUGUCUGCUGCCGGUGUGUCUGCUGCCGGUGUGCCUGCUGUCGGUGUGCCUGCUGUCGGUGUGCCUGCUGUCGGUGUGCCUGCUGCCGGUGUGCCUGCUGCCGGUGUGCCUGCUGCCGGUGUGUCUGCUGUCGGUGUGCCUGCUGCCGUUGUGUCUGCUGCCGUUGUGA